AUGGAAUCUAAUAAGAUUAUACUUCUCUUGUCUAUCAGCCAUCAAAGAAGAAAUAACUUUUUCAGAACAACACUUGAAAUUGAGACUUGUUUUACAGUUGAACAAUCUGCAGACAAAACAGGACAGGCUAAAGAUUCAAUUCAGGAAGAUGGUGCUGUAAAUAGUGAACUAGGAGAAGAGGAGAUGGAAGUUGAAAGUGAGAAGGAAGAAGAAAAAACGAAAGCUGCAGGAGCAUUUUCAAGUGCUUUGUCAUCUCUGAAUGUUUUACGUCCAGGAGAAAUUCCAGAUGCUGCUUUUAUUCAUGCUGCUAGGAAAAAGCGUCAAAUGGCUCGUGAGCUUGGGGACUUUUUACCCCUUGACAAUGAUCCUGGGAAAGGCCGCCUUGUUAGAGAAGAUGAAAAUGAUGCUAGUGAUGAUGAAGAUGAUGAUGAGAAGCGAAGAAUAGUCUUUUCAGUGAAAGAAAAGUCUCAAAGACAAAAGAUUGCAGAGGAAAUAGGUAUUGAGGGAAGUGAUGAUGAAGCUCUGCUUGCUGGAGAACAGGAUGAAGAACUCAGUCGAUGGGAACAAGAACAGAUACGCAAAGGCAUUAAUAUACCUCAGGUUCAAGCAAGUCAGCCGGCAGAAGUGAACAACUUGUACUACCAGAAUAUUUACCAGACGAUGCCUUAUGGUUCGUCUUAUGGCAUUCCCUAUACAUACGCUGCUUAUGGAUCAUCAGAAACAAAGUCUCAAAAAACAGAUAACACAAUACCUUUCAAAACUCCCAGUAAUGAGAUGACUCCUGUUACUAUUGAUUUGGUAAAGAAACAGCUUAAAGACAGGUUGGACUCGAUGAAAGAACUUCACAAAGCAAAUCAACAGCUGCAUGAGAAGCAUCUGCAAAGCCGUGAAGAGUCUACCAAGACAAUUGAAAGAUUGGAAGGGUCUUCUGGGGAUGUUGGUGAACGGUAUAAAUUUCUGCAAGAAAUGCGAGGGUAUGUCCAAGACUUGCUUGAGUGUUUCAGUGAAAAGGUGCUCCUGAUAAAUGAACUCGAGUCAGCAAUCCAUCAGCUGUACAAACAGCGAGCCUCCCGCCUUGUCCAAAGACGACAAGAUGAUAUUAAAGAUGAAUCUUCGGAGUUUUCAAGCCAUUCAAGUAAAGCAUUGAUGGCACCAAAUCUUGAUUCUUUUGGACGAGACAGAACACUGUACCAGGAACAUGUAAAAAGACGGACUGCAGAAAGGGAAGCUAGAAGAGCUCGUCGUAGACUUGCUAGAGAGCAAUCUGGGAAGAUGACUGAUCAUCUUGAAGGUCUUUCUAGUGAUGAUGAAGAAACCUCAACAGAUACUACAAACUUUAAUAUGGAACGAGAUCGUAUUUUGAAGGAGUCCAGCAAAGUUUUUGAGGACGUAUUAGAAAACUUUUCUUCUAUUGACUGCAUUAAAUCACAGUUUGAAUCCUGGCGUUCUAAGUAUUUGUCUUCUUACAAGGAUGCUUACAUAGGCCUUUGUUUACCCAAGCUCUUAAAUCCUUUAAUAAGACUUCAGCUACUUACUUGGAACCCUUUGGAGGACAAGUGCCAAGAUUUUGAGAGUAUGCUGUGGUUUGAAUCCUUGCUAUUUUAUGGAUGUGAAGAAUAUGAUCAAGAGAAAGAUGAUGCUGAUGUUUCAUUAUUGCCUACUAUUGUGGAAAGAGUGCUAUUACCUAAAUUAACAGUUCUUGCAGAAAAUGUGUGGGACCCUUUCUCAACAACACAAACAUCAAGGAUGGUAGCAAUUACCCAGAAACUAAUUAAUGGCUAUCCUUCUGUGGUGCAUGCAGAAAACAAAAACACACAGAUGUUACUAAAAGCCCUUUUACUUAGAAUGAGGAGAACACUAGAUGAUGAUGUAUUCAUGCCACUUUAUCCUAAAAGUGUAUUAGAAAACAAGAAUUCUGGACCUUAUUUGUUUUUUCAGCGUCAGUUUUGGUCUUCAGUUAAGUUAUUAGGAAACUUUCUUCAGUGGUAUGGAAUCCUUUCAAACAAAACCCUACAAGAGUUAGCAAUAGAUGGCUUGCUAAACAGAUACAUACUUAUGGCUUUCCAGAAUUCUGAGUGUGGUGACGACAGCAUUAAGAAAGCUCAGAGUGUGAUCAGCUGCUUUCCUAAACAGUGGUUCACUAAUCUAAAAGGAAAUAAGACAAUAUCACAUUUAGAAAACCUCUGUAGAUAUCUUGUUCAUCUUGCUGAUACAAUAUACCGAAAUAGCAUUGGAAGCUCUGAUGUAGAAAAAAGAAAUGCAAGGGAGCAUAUAAAACAGAUAAUAAAACUUCUAUCAAGUAUCCGAGCACUGGACCAUGCUGUAAAUGUGGCAAAUGAUCAUAAUGUGAAAGAGUUAAAAGUUUUAAGUGAGGGGAAAUAACAUUUUGUCAUUUAAUUCUGGGAUAUAAAAAUCAUUCCUGAAGUGUAAUUUUGUACAUAUGUAAAGUUUUAUUAAACUGUAAACAAUGGAUUGUUUUUAAUACAAAGUGCAUUCUUAUAUACAGCAUCUAUAAUCAUAUUGGAUGUCUUUGAGAAAGUGAAAAGAAAGCCAGGAAAACAUUUCACCUGCAUCUUGUUUACAAAGACUUUUAUACCCCAUGGUGGCCAUCUACUGAGUUGAAUAACCUGCCAUUAACAGGAAAUUCUUUACCGUAAAGGUCAUUAGCAGAUGAUCUGCAAAUAGUUAUAGCCCUCAAAUUUGUGUUUCAGAUAAUGGAAUCUUUCAAAGUAAGAUUUUAAGUUGGUGGAAUUUGAUAAUAAAAUUGAUCAGAAAUAUGUGUAUGCUAUGACUCUGGUCUGAGUAAAGAAAUUUCCAAGACAA